AUGCGGACUCACACAGGUGAGAAACCUUACAGAUGUGAGGAGUGCAGCAAGCAGUUCAGUGAACUGUGUAGUCUAAAGAAACACAUGCGGACUCACACAGGUGAGAAACCUUACAUAUGUGAGGAGUGCAGCAAGCAGUUCAGUAUACUGUCUGGUCUAAAGAAACACAUGCGGACUCAUACAGGUGAGAAACCGUACAUAUGUGAGGAGUGCAGCAAGCAGUUCAGAAACUCGAGUCAUCUAAAAGUACACAUGCGCACUCACACAGGGGAAAAGCCGUACAGAUGCGAGAAGUGCGGCAAACAGUUCACUCAGUUCCCCAACCUUAAAAAACACAUUCGGAUCCACACCGGUGAAAAACUCUACACUUGUGAGAAGUGCGACAAACAGUUCAUUCAGUUGUCGCAUCUGAAGAGUCAUAUGCGGACUCACACUGGCGAGACACCGUACACGUGUGAGAAGUGCAGCAAAAGCUUUCGUCAUUCACGUAGUCUUCGUGUGCACAUGAAAACUCAUCACAUCGGUGAAACUGUGUGAAUAACUGUGUGACGAUAACAUGUACAUAUUCUUACACAUUAGAAAAUCUUAUAUAAUUCAGCUCGAUUGAUCUAUUUUUUCUUAACAAAGGUUGGCUAUGAUUUACCGCUACUUAUUUCAGCCGUGUACUCACUACAUGGCUCCGCUGUCCAAAAAUAACGGGAACUGAAUUACAGCAUAGUAGUUACUAUUGUCACGUCCCGUACUUGGUUAAAACUAGAAGCGUUUUAAAAAAAAAAAAACGGCUGUAGAAUGUUUGGACAGUAGUGACAGAAAGACGGCAAAAUAUCAAUGGACAUAGCUUUCUACUAUCGCACUUAGUUUUAGUUACUCAAGCUAUAAUUUGUCAUUUAAUAACUCUCUUUAAACGCUGUAAAAGCACUAGACCCGAGGCGUCCCGAAUUAGCUGCGGAAACAUGUUAGUUAUAUAGAUGUUGCUAUGUGGUGUUUGCCUUCAUAAUGUGCUUUAAGAUGCUAGAGAUUUGUUAAUUUUCAGUAUGUCAGCUUCCUCAAUACGUUAUGAGUUGUUGUCUUUUAUGUUCAAUGUGUUUUCUAACCACAGAACUUGUACGUUUUUUUUCUGAAAUUCAUCACAUAUAACAUUUGUUUUAUAAUCAAGUAAAGCGACCGAACCUGUUUUAUGCACCCACUACUUACAACGUCACCGACGAAGGUCAGCGGUUGUCUGAAACGUUUGACCAAGGAGCUUUUGUUUUAUUAAGAAUCUCGUUACCUAGUUACCGGCUAGUUUGCAGUUUGAACUAAAUUAGAACUCUUGAAUUGGUCCUUUAGACUCGAAACAGCUAUGUGGCGAUGAUGCUACUCAUGGGGUGCAGUAACCUCAGAGAUGAAGAAAGGUUAUCCUUACAACUGAU